AUGGUCCGUUGUUCGUGUUUCAUGUUUGAAUUCAAGGGCAUUCCAUGCCGACAUAUCUUGACAUAUCUUAAAAUUACCAAUCAUAGUGAGUUACCGGAGCAAUAUAUUCUAAGAAGAUGGUGCCGAAAUGUCAGAAAAAGGGUUGUUCUUAGAGAUGGUAAUAUUAUUGGAGAUAAUGCCACAAUUAAUUUUGCUUCUCGUUUUAGUGAACUAAAUUGCUUAGCUAAUGAAAUGGUCAAAGAGGGGCUAUCUUCUAAUGAUGUAUAUGAAUUAAUGCGUGAAAUGAUGAUGGAUGCUAUUAAUAAGGUGCAACGUUUGAAACUCAUCAAUGAUGAAGAAAUUGGACAAGAUGUGGAUGAGGAGUGUUCUCAAGAUAUAGUUCAUGAACCAAGUCAAGCAAGAACAAAAGGAAGGCCUAAAGGGAAGAGGUUAAAGCCAUCGAGAGAGAUCCAUAGAUGCCGGCCUAGGAAAUGCAAAUUGUGUGGAAAGCGAGGACAAAAUCAUGAUAGCAGAAAUUGCCCUCUAAAGUUGUCAAUGUAG